AUGACCCGAGCCAAUGACCCAGAUGAUGACAACGAUUCAGACGACGGCAACGAUUCAGAUGAUGACAUCGACGCAGACGACGGCAUCGACGCUGAUGAUGAAAAAAAACACGCUGACGACGACGCAGACGACGACAACAACAACACAGACGACGACAACGACGCAGUCGACGACAACAGUGCAGAUGAUGACGACGACGCAGCCGACUACAACGACGAAGAUGACGACAACAACGCAGAUGACGACAGCAAAGCACAAGACGACAACGACGCAGCUAACGACAACAACAACACAGAUGACGACAACAUCGCAGAUGACGACAACAACGCAGACGAAAACAUCGACGAAAAUGGCGAAAGCGUCGCAGACGACGACAACGAAGCAGAUGACGACAACAACGAAUAUGACAAAAACGACGCAGACGACGACAAAAACGCAGAUGACGACAACAACACAGAUGACGACAACGACGAUUAUAACGCAGAUGACAUCAACGACUCAGACGACGACAUAGACGACAAUGACGAAAACGACAUAGACGACAAUGACGCAGACGACAACGACUCAGAUGAUGAAAAUGACGCAGACGACGACAAGAACGCAGACGACGUCAACAACGCAGAUGACAACAUCGACGCAGACAACGACAACCAAGCAAAUGAAGACAAUGAGGACGAAGAGAAGGACUCAGAUGACAAAAACGAUGCAUAUGACAAUAAACGGCGCAGACGACGACAACGACGUAGACGACAACUACGCAAAUGA